UGUACAGGGAUUAUUAUCAGUGAGAGAGCGGGGUUCGGCCUAUAGGUAUGCGAGCAUUUAAUAGGCCUGCUGUUCCCAUGGCUGCCGACAAGACGGAGAAGCUCGAUCUUGAGCAGACGCCGACGCUGGCGGUUGCGGAAAAGGGCGAACUUGUUCAGAUCGAUGCUGAUGAGGCACUUAACGCCAUUGCUGGUCUGGAUGCGGCCGCUUUUCACCUUGAUGAGGAGACGGAGCGGCGGUUACUGCGCAAGAUUGAUUGGAACCUCAUGCCUGGCGACAACUACCAAUGGCUGUCGAGUCUGUUCUACUUUGGUAAGCAUCCCCGAAUGAACACCAGAUAUCUGGGCUGGGAGUUUCCGACGAACCGUCUGUUGCAGCGGUUUCCUCUCGCCAAGUACUCCGCCUUCAACAUCAUCAUGUGGGGAAUCGUCCUGUCUCUCUUUGCUACCACGGAGAACUUUGGGGGAGCUGUUGUCAUUCGACUGUUUUUGGGGAUCUUUGAGGCAGCUGUGACGCCCGGCUUCGCCUUGUUCGUGUCUCAGUGGUACACCAAGAAAGAACAGGGCUUUAGAACGGGUAUAUGGUUCAGCUUCAACGGCUGGGCCCAGAUAUUUGGCGGCUUGGUAGCAUACGGCUUCGCCCACGGCGCCUCGACCUACGGCUUCUCCAUCGCCCCCUGGAAGGCAAUCUUUGUCUUCACCGGCGUCCUGACGAGCACCAUUGGCAUCAUCUUCCUCUUCAUCAUGCCCGACAACCAGCUCAACGCAAGAUUCCUCACCAAAGAAGAGCGCCUCCUAGCCAUUCAGCGGAUCAAGGUCAACGAGCAAGGCAUCGGCAACAAGCACUUCAAGUGGUACCAGGUCAAAGAGGCCCUUACCGAUCCCGCCAUCUGGGCCUUUGUCUUUUAUGCGCUCGUCGCGGAUAUUCCGAAUGGGGGCAUCUCCAACUUCUUCAGCCAGCUGAUUGUCUCAUUUGGGUAUACGCCGGAGCAGAGCCUGCUGUACGGAACGCCGGGUGGAGCGGUUGAGGUUAUCGCUCUGUUGCUCUGCGGUUACUUGGGUGAUCGCAUGGGGAGUCGAAUCUUGGUGUGCAUGUCGGGGCUUGUGGUGUCGAUGAUUGGGGUGAUUAUGAUUGUCGCCAUUCCAUUGGACAGGCCUGUCGGUCGACUGGUUGGCUACUAUCUCACUCAGGUAAAUCGCCAAUUGCUGAAGAUGAAGCUCAAUACAACCGUGGCAGCAAUGUAUCUGGUUGCAUACUGUGUCGGGAACAUUAUCGGACCGCAGACUUUCCGUCCGGAAGAUGCACCGCAGUAUCGGCCGGCCGAGAUCACCAUCCUGGUCUGCUGGGGCACUUGCCUCCUUGAUCUUGCUUUCAUCUGGUGGUGGUACCGGCGACAGAAUUACAAGAAGAGUCUUGUUCGGGCGGAUCCGUCUUAUACCAAGGUUGAGAACCAGGAGUUUCUCGACAUGACGGAUAAGGAGAAUGCGGAAUUCCAAUACUCUUUGUGAUGG